GGGCCAAACGGGUCCUGCAAAAAUUUCUUUAUUUGUCUUCCCAUUAGAUUUCAAAUAAAUAAUCGUAUUUAAAUAUUACUGCUGCUUACUGCAAGGUGCAACGAAUUUCAAUUACAAUUGCGAAUUCUCGAGAGUGAGGUGUGUGCAACUGAGAAAUCUCGAAAUUGGGUCUCAAACUUUACAUCGUCUUUCGAGCCACAGAGCUUCACUAUCCAAUAGCUCUGUCGCUGCAGGAGACCAAAAGAUUCAGUUUCAUGUACACACAUAAAAGCUGUAUCAAUCCUUCGAGCAUCUAGAGCACAGAUUAUUAGGUAAUCGACCCUGCAAUAUUGAGUAAUGGGAAGUAUAUGCAAAGAAAAUAUCGAAAAGAAAAGCACAAAAGAAGAUGCUGACAACCACCUAUCCAUUGAUCUAACUCUCGGGGAUGUAAUAUGGGUUAAGAUAAACAAAACCUCGUGGUGGCCUGCACAGGUUUUCAAUGAAGAUAGCAUGAGUUGCAAUUUUAAUCCCAUCAAGAAAGCAGACAGUGAUGUACUUGUGCGAUUAUAUGGCAGCUAUAGAUACUUGUAUGUAGAUCCCGUUGUAUCUCGCUCAGAGUUUGCCUGUAUACUACUGGAGAACAAUGGGAAGUACGACGAAAUAAUGAUGAAAACCUUAAAGAAGGAUCUUGCACGCGUUAAAUACGGUCGAUCAAAGGGAGAAAGAGCAGAACCCAAAGAAAGAAAGACACCAAAAAAGGAUAAGAAUGGCAUGGUACAAGCUGAAGAAGGCGGAAGCAGAAAAAGAAAGCAAGGGACGCUGAAUAACCUUGAGCCAAAUGGGUCAAAAUCUGAGCCAACUACAGAAGAGAAUUUACAAGAACAACGCAGUGCUCGAAGGAUGAAAAUUAUGCAGAGGUUAGGUUUAAUUGCCCCACCCGAUUCCCCAUUUCGCCCAAAGUACAUGAACCAGGACUAAGAAGUUGUAGAGGGGGUCUGUAUUAAGGUGUGAUUUCAGUUGGCCUCCAUUUACAAUUUAAGCGUUCAUUCGCGUUCGCGGUGGUCAAUUUUUUUUUAGAUGAUGAGCAUUAAGACCUUUCAAACUAUAGAUGCAUAAUGCUGGAACUUCUGUUGAUGCGAUGCCAAAUUUUCUGCGUAACUUUUUGGUUUCCUAAUUUAUCUGAAUCAGUAUGCAGUAA